UAACACAGCAGGUGCCCGUUAUAUAAGGCUUCGGAGUUUCAAAGUUCUCAACUCAGCGUGAUCCUUUGCUGUGGCUGGCUGUGUCACUUUCUGAUCAAGAAGAUCAUCGCCUGUAAGGUUCUCGAAAAUAUGUCCAGAGGACGUGGCGGUGGACGAGGUGGUGGAAGGGGCGGCUUUAGAGGCGGUGGUGGUGGCUUCGGGGCAGGGAGCAUGCCUCCCAUGGGUCUCACAUUUGCAGACAUACAAGCUAUGUCCAGGGAAGGAGACGCCUUGUACCCACCAUUGGAUCCUCUACCUGUCCUCACCGAUUAUUCUGCAGACGAGAAACGGAUCUGCGAUCUGCAAACAGGAUUUGUUACCCGUUUACGGAAAUCAGCCUACUAUGUAGUCGAAACGUUGAAGUCAAACGACUUGGAGCGUUACUCUGAUAAAUAUCGCCAGAGUCCCGCCUCUCAGCCUACGCUCAAACGGAAGGACCUUCAUGCUCCUUUUUUUCCCUCAGAGAUAUUCGAAGGUUAUUUUAAUCCAAAACGAAAACGCAAGGUUGAAAAGAAAACGACCACAAAACGCCUCAAUCUUGAUGACUUAGAGGAGGAUGCUGAGGACCAAGAGAAGUCAGGUGAUGAACGUUCAGACGCUGGAUCUCAGCCUGUCGACUCAGACUACGACGUCGACGAGGAAUAUGACAACGAUUACGCGGAGAACUAUUUCGAUAAUGGUGAAGGAGAUGAUAUGGACGGUCUUGGAGACGGCGGGGGAGGAGAUGAUGGCGGUGGCGGAGGCGACUAUGACUAGGAGUAUACUUCUAUGUAUCUCCUGAGUACCCAAGGACCUGCGGUGCAGUGACCUAACUUCACAAAAGUGAUAUGUAGGCAGGCAUAAUCGGCCCUUCUGGUCUUCGUCCUAUCCCAACGGCGCCGCCCGGCAUCCCUUCCUACAUCGCAAAUAAUGCAUACGUCGCCUUAAACACGAUUCCAGUGCGAUAGUUGGCUUCUUAUCAUUUUUAGGCUCCAGGGACUAUAGAUCCAAUUCGAAUAUUCCCUUCCUCGCGCGGUAUCACGCAUUAACCAUGAUACAAUAAAAUAUGGAUUUCUCGUUACUGAGACAACCUCAGAGCGGUAAACGUGAACUGAUGGAUGCCAAAUUUCGGCGCCACGGAUCGUCGUUGUCGUGUAAGUAUGAACAUUGAUUGAGCAAUGAACGGACACGGUGAUUAUAUUUGAAAAAAAUAGACCAGUCAUCGGAGGUCAUGGGUCUUUGAAAU